AUGUUGCAGCAGCUUUCAUUUCGUUUGAAGAGACAAGUGGACGCGAUUCGUCGAAUGGUCUCAUUCGCAGCUGCGACUGUCGAUUCAUGCGAACAGGUCCUCAACCCACCGGCCUGCAGCCCCACUGAAUCCAUGUUGACCUUUCGUCCGUCAUGUGACGGACAUGUUUUGACGAUGCUUCACGAGAACACGAAGACAAGACAGUUGGCCGGCUUCAAAUCCAUCCACUUCUCAUAA